AUGCUCCUCAGCCCAGCCAUCGUGCUAUUCGGCGCUUUAUUCGCUACCUUCCUAGUCCUGCGUUACCUCGCCCAGUUGCACCAUCACCGGAAACUCGCCAAGCAGUUACACUGUCAACCCCCGGCGACCGGCAACUCAGCCUGGUUCGGCAUCCCGGCCUUUCUGCGGCUGAGCAAGGCCGUCCGCGAGAAGAGAUGGAUUGAUUACUUGUGCGAUCAGUUUGAUAUUCAUGGAACGACAUUUACGCAGCGGUUUUUGUCGCGCAAGUUGCUCACCACGAUUGAGCCGGAGAAUGUUAAGGCCAUUCUGGCGACACAAUUCCAAGAUUUCUGUUUGGGAACGAGGCAUGAGCAGUUCUAUCCGUUGCUGGGAGAUGGCAUUUUUACGUUGGAUGGAGCCGGGUGGACUCAUGCGCGAGGGUUGUUGAGGCCGCAGUUCACCAGGGAUCAGGUCGCCGAUCUCUCCAUGCUGGAUGACCAUAUCACCCACCUGAUCAACCUAAUCCCCAACGACCGCAGCAGCUUCGACAUCCAGCGCCUCUUCUUCCUCCUCACCCUCGACUCCGCCACUCAUUUCCUUUUCGGCGAGUCCGUCGGCUGCAUGUCCCCCACGACGACUGGCGUUCUUGAAAAAUCCGCCGUACGCAACGCCCAAGGCUUCGCCGAAGCAUUCACCACCGCACAAGACUACCUCGCCGCGCGAUCACGUGCGCAGGGGUUAUACUGGGUGAUCAACCCCAAGGAGUUCCGCGAAGCGAAUCGCCGGGUACACGAAGUCGUCGAUCACUAUGUGGAUGUUGCGCUAGAGGCGAAGCGGAAUCCGGAUCGCAAGCAAGGUGAUGGUCGGUAUAUCUUCUUAGAAGCUUUGGCAGCCCAAACGGAUGACCCGAAGAUGUUGCGGGAUAACAUGUUGAAUAUCUUGCUUGCUGGUCGUGAUACCACGGCGAGCCUUCUGUCGUCGACCUUCUUCUAUCUUGCGAGGUAUCCUCAGGUAUUUGCGCGACUGCGCAAAGAGAUUGUCGAUGCCUUUGGCGAUAGUAAGGCGAAUGUGGAGAUUACACAGACUAAGCUCAAGGAUAUUCCGUAUCUGCGAUAUGUCUUGAACGAAGUCCUCCGUCUUCAACCCCCGGUUCCUGUCAAUUUCCGCGUCGCGACGAAAGACACGUCCCUCCCCGUUGGAGGAGGUCCGGACCGCAGAUCCCCAGUGUACGUCAGAAAGGGCACACUAGUGGCCUACAACGUCUUCACUAUGCACCGCCGCACCGAUCUUUGGGGCAAAGAUGCUCGCACCUUCCGGCCCGAGCGCUGGGAAGAGAAUGCAAAGCAUGGUUGGGAGUAUCUGCCGUUCAACGGUGGCCCGCGUAUUUGUCUUGGUCAGCAAUACGCCCUGACCGAGGCUAGUUACACCGUCGUCAGACUUUUGCAGCACUUUGAUUGCCUAGAGAAUGCAGACCCAGAUACCCGCCUGGAGCCGAUUAAGAACUCGAAUUUGACGAUGAUGCACGAUCAUGGUGUGCCUGUGAAGCUUUAUGCUUCGCAGUGA